UGACAGUGAUGGGGAGAGAAGCCAUGGAAACCGGGGCCAGACAAGCCAUGGAGGACCAAUCAGAACUCUACCCUCUUUGCCACCGAAGAGCUGGGGCUUCGCAGCCCUCCUAGCUGGAGACCGGGCCUCGUUCCCCGAAUAAAUAAGGCUGGGGAGGCCCGCUUUGCAACAUAAAACGCUAAGCGCAAGCUUUUUUAUUUUUUCUCCCGGGGGGUUUAAGAAAGCGCCGCUGUGCAUAUCCUCCGAGGCUCGGGAUAAGCGGUUGUUUAAAUCAUAGUCGCGGUGCGUGGCCGCAAAAUCGCUCGGAGGAGACAGCGGGUCGAGCCCCCGGUACCCGAGGCAUCAAUGUUUCACUUGCCGAUCCUCAGCUUCUCCCCGCAGCAAGUGGCGAGCGUGUGCGAGACCUUGGAGGAGAGCGGCGACAUCGAACGGCUCGGCCGCUUCCUCUGGUCGCUGCCCGUGGCGCCGAGCGCCUGGGAGGCCCUCAACAAGCACGAGUCGGUGCUCCGCGCGCGCGCCGUCGUGGCAUUCCACGCGGGCAACUUCAGAGACCUCUACCACAUCCUGGAGAACCACAAGUUCACCAAGGAGUCGCACGCCAAGCUGCAGGCCAUGUGGCUGGAGGCGCACUACCAGGAGGCAGAGAAGUCGCGCGGCCGUCCGCUGGGUCCCGUGGACAAGUACCGCGUACGCAAGAAGUUCCCGCUGCCCAAGACGAUCUGGGACGGCGAGCAGAAGACGCACUGCUUCAAGGAGCGGACGCGCAAUCUGCUGCGGGAGUGGUACCUGCAGGACCCGUACCCGAAUCCGUCCAAGAAGCGGGAGCUUGCCCAGGCGACUGGCCUCACGCCCACGCAAGUGGGCAACUGGUUCAAGAAUCGGAGGCAAAGAGACAGAGCUGCGGCGGCCAAAAAUAGGCUGCAGGUGCCCAUAGCCCUCUGCUCGUCGGAGCGCGCCGCGCACCCGGACUCGCGCGGCUACGGCGCGGGCGGCGAGGGUCGUCAGCUCAGCGAAUCGCCCGGCGCCGUCGCCAGCCCCGGCGCCACGAGCCUCUCCAGCCUGAGCGACCGGCCGGCCGCUACGGCCUGCACCACGUCGCCCGCGUGCAGCGAGAGCGACUGCGAGGCUUGACGCUCCUCGCCACCACCCAACGCCGUCUCCAGACGCGUUCCCGUGGCGGAGGAAACCUUCUCGUCUUUUUGCCGCGCCACGUCCAUGGCCCAUCCUCGUCAUCAUCUUCUUCCUUCUCCUUCUACCGCCUGUAUCAUCUGUUCCUCUUUGCGCUAACUGCUCCACGGUGCAAGUGAGACGGCGGUCAUCGUGCAGAGCGUGCUAUGAGAGAUGACGGACAGUGUUGUUUUUAUAUUUUUUUGUGGGGGGGGGUUAUUUAUCACGAUUCAGAGUCGCUCGGUCUUCUUCUUUUUCGUUUUUUUUGCUCUCUUUUUUUGUCAUGAGCGUUUUCUCGACAGCUGCACUGUCCCACCCUGUCUUUCUCUCGUGUCCCGUCUUCAUCUCGGUAUCUUUAGUCGCCUAUUUUCUUUCGUUUCCAUGGACUUGGCUACCCUACAUCUUGUUUUGCACGCGGUGCAAUUCAUGGAUGUAUCCACGCGACAGCACGCGUAUACACAUUUUUUUAAAGAAAUAUCUUUAAAAAAACAAACAUACGGAGCAAAACAAACACACACACACACAAACAACAAUACAUACCAACUUGAAACAGUCGAUAGCACUGGAAAAUAUAACUUUUAUCUGUAAAAAAAACAAUCGAGGACUUGUAUUCAUCAUGUCAUGUUGGUGUGCUUAUAAAUAUACCGCGUCUUCGCCCCAAUACCACACAUCGUGUGACUAAAGCUGUAUUUACGAUAAUUACAUCAUCCAUAUGUUGACAAUCACCAAUGCACGCCUGUUUCCUCUCUAUGCUAUAUAUAUUGUCGCUAAUCGCCCAUUAGCCAAUGAGGUCUCAAUGUUGUAAUUGUAAAUAUACAAAAAAAAGAUGUUUAUCUACAUUAUAUUUCAUUUUUGUUAAAAAACAAAAUCUACAAACAAACAAAAAAAACCCAGUAACGAGAUAAGGAAUUACGUUCAUUGU